AAUACUAUCGAUAGUAUCCCAGUUCUAAUAUGUAUUUAGAUUGACUUUGCAUUCAUUUAAUAAAUUAUUACGAACUAAAUAUGAUCAGGAACGUAAUAGUAUGUGGGGUUCUCGCACUUAUAAUUAGUGUCACGAACGGUGAAUUGGUUAUUGGGCAGGACGAUCUCAGUGAGGAACUAGUAGGACUAUUUACUAUUGAAGGAAGAUUAUUUUCUCCCGAAACCCAAAGCAGAGGCUUAUCUGAAACUUCAUUAUCCAUCAACAGCGGUGAAUAUAAAGGAUUUUUGCGCGAGGAUGGUUCAUUUAUCAUUAGCAGUGUACCAUCCGGAAGCUAUGUGUUAGAAGUUCACCACCCGGACUACUAUUACGAACCAAUACGUGUGGAAAUAAACCCCAAAGGUAAAUUCCGUGCACGCAAAGUAAAUUAUGUGCAGCCUUCUCAGAUCAUACAAGUGCCAUAUCCCUUAAAAAUGAAGGCACUAACCCGUUUUAAAUACUUCCAGACUCGUGAACAAUGGAAGAUAACAGACUUUCUGUUCAGCCCAAUGGUUUUAAUGAUGGUGCUACCACUUCUGGUAAUGCUUGUUUUACCGAAGAUGAUUAAUGAUCCAGAGACAAAGAAAGAAAUUGAGAAUAUUCAGUUCCCAAAAGUAAGCAACGAAAUGCCAGAAAUCAGCGAAAUGAUUACCUCAUUCUUCUCAGGGGCAAAACCACCAGAGAAGGAAAAGAAGACUGUUUCAAGCAAACAAAAUAAAAAGCGUAAUUAGUGCGAACUCGUGAAAUCCUACGGUAGUUCUACGUUUGGAACCCACACGCCCCUCUUCAAGUUUUAAAGCUUUCUCCAACUCGUUAUUCAAGUCUUCCGCGGCUGAUAAGCCCAAAUGUAUGCAAUUAUGCAACGUAUCCUUAUGUAAAGAUCCUUCACCUAUUGUAUGGACGUUGGACAUAUAGCCUGGAAUUAAUAGAUUUCAAUUAGUAAUAAAUAUGAUAAAGGAAUAAU